UACUCCGGACACAAGCUCGAGCCAUCGAGGCUUGCACCUUACUUUUGCUCGUAGUGCUUCGGAAAACAUGCUGUCAAAGUGCGAAAACAUCCGCGAUGCUUUGAAGUCUCUCGUAACCGUUUUAUGGAUCACUUUUACCGUUUUUUCCGUUGCUGUCGACGGCCAGGAGGGAAAUGGCUGUGGACAUUCCCUGCUGGGCACGGAGUCCGGCACGUUGGCCUCUCAGAACUAUCCGGGCACCUACCCCAGUGACACCUGGUGCAGGUGGAGGCUUCGGGUGCCAGACGGGCGAACGCUGCGCCUGCUGUUUGGGGAUUUUGACAUAGAGAGCAGUCCAGGUUGCAGGAACGGCUCCCUGCUGAUCGCAGACAACAGCGGAGAAGCCAGUCUGGGUCCGGUGUGCGGGAAGCUUGAUGCAUCACAGAAGAACUUGACUCUAAAGAGCAAUGAAGUGACAGUGACGUUCAAGUCGGGCCCCCACCGCUCUGGACGAGGCUUUCUACUUUCUUAUGCCACAGACCAGUAUCCGGACCUCAUUUCUUGUUUACAACGAGGAUCCCAUUCCAGCUCGCAGCUUUUGAGUGCGUACUGCCCUGCAGGAUGUAAGGAUGUCACGGGGGAUGUUUGGGGGAACUCUGAGCAGGGCUACAGAGAUACGUCGGUCCUGUGCAAGUCGGCCGUGCACGCCGGAGCAGCGUCUGACAGUCUGGGAGGUCGGGUCACUGUGCAGCGGGGGAGGAGUCUCACGCUCUAUGAAUCCACCUUUGCCAAUGGAAUCCUCUCAAAAAUGGGAUCAUUGUCUGAAAAGAAGCUGCUCUUCAACCAAGAUUGCAACAACAUCCUGAAGGUUUCUGGAUUAAAUGCAUCAUCUCUCUGGGAUGAAGACAGCCAAGGACACGCAAUGUCCUGGUCCUCCAGAAACAUCGAUUCUAGCAACGAGUUCUUGCCCUGGGCUGCAGGCGGUAAUGAUGUGAACCCGUGGGUGGAACUGGGUCUGAGUGAUAGAAGCACUAUCACAGGAAUAAUAACCAAGGGAUCAAACGACCACUACAUAGAAUCCUUCAGUGUUUUUUUCAGCAAGGACAGAAAAUCUUGGAAGCUUUACAAAGGGGCUCUCAGCAAGGAAAAAAAGGUGUUUCGUGCCUAUACUGAGGGACACCUCCGGGUCCUCAAUAGCCUUUUCCCUCCCGCGGUGGCCCGCUUCGUACGGCUGCAGCCACUGAGCUGGCGUGGCCGCGCUUCAGCUCAGUUGCAAGUCCUGGGCUGUCCUGUUGCCAAGGUCACACCGAGGACGCGCCCGGCCGCCGAGUCUCCGCCCGUCAAGGUCAACAUGGGCCCGCCGCGGCCCAGCCCCACCCCGACGCCCACCCAUGGCCCAGUGUUAGUGGACACGAGACUGAGCUCCGGUCAGCCGGUGGUGGUGGCAGUGGGAGUGGUCCUGGGGCUGAUAAUGUGCGGUAGUUGUUUGUUGGCUGGAGUCUGGUGGAAGAGAAGGAAAAAAGAGUCACAAAUGAAGUACUCCUUACCAACAGUCGGUUGUCAGAGCUUCCAGGCGAAGAGUCUCUCGUGCAGACAAUCCGAUCUCAUCUCCUACCCACUGGAGCGAAAUGUCCAUGACGCUCUGCCAAGCCCUCCUCUUAAUGACUAUGCAGAGCCCGAUGUUGCAGCCGUCGGACAGAAGAUUGGCUCAACAUUUAGACCGUCCUCCGAUGAGGGCUACACCACCCCGUUCGCCUUCAACCAUUACGACACCCCUGGCAACCUGCCAGAGUACGCCGAGCCUCUCCCCCCGGAGCCCGAGUACGCCACGCCAUUCAGCGAGCUGCCCUCGGAGUCCGUCCUGCAAACCUUGACGGGGGUCGCUCACAGCGGUUCGCAUACAACAGCGCCGACCGCUGGAACUAGGAGCACGUCUGGGCACGCUCAGUAUGACUGCCCCUCACACAGGAUGCUGUCAAAUGGUUACUGCACACCUGCCCUGCAUGCCAAUGGCCCAAGGCCGGUCAGCGUGGUGUAUGCAGAGCCCAAGUCAUGUGACUCUUUACUACAGAAGCACACCUUUGAGGAGCCUUUGUAAAGACGAUAAAGACACGGAAAAAAGGGACGGCCAAGGCGAUCUCAAAAGGACAGAAGACUGUGUUGUCCAGACAGAACUAAUGCUGACACAGCUGAACCUCCAGUGAGCGAUGUACCCAAAGUCGAUCAGCUGUGCACAAUGAUGUGAGAGCCGUAUGCACACUAACAUUUCCUCCCAGGAAGUAUGUAGUUCAACAGCCAGAGUAUCCUGUGGUGCACAAAGAAAAUGCAGGUUCAGUUUCCCCUCAGUGAUUAUGUUUAUUAAAAUGUUUAAACACAAGCUGCACUUUCAGAAAAUACAUACAGCAAUGUACGCAGGGUAUUUAACAGGCAAGAGUGGAUGAAAUAUGUUACAUGUCUUCACGUUGUGUUCACAAUGUAUAUUUCAAAAUGUUCUGUGAAAAGUGGUCAAGAUUGCUAUUACUUUGUGUAACCACUGGGGGGCUCUAUUGAGCCAUAAACAGGAAUGUAUUGCAAUUAUUGGUCUCCUGGUUUAAUUUACUCAGAUAAUUGUCACCCAUUUAAAACAUUCAUAGUAACAAAUAAACAUGUUCUUUUUGUAUUGUAGUAUAACACAGAAAGGCACAACAGGCAAGAUGGUAUGAUGAUUAUGAUUUGACCAAGAUACAAAAAAACAUUAAAAACCAUUCCAGUAUGUAGCAGUCUAUCUUUUGCCACAGUAGAGCAAUGUAA